AUGGCUUCCACCUCCCCCCUCUACCACCUUUACGUAAAUUCCUCCCGUCAACCUGCCCACGCCAACAUGGGCAAUAUCAUCUCCACCUGCAGAGCCGGCAUCCUCAAGAUCAAGAAUUUGGGAGCGAAUCUGCGCGUCUAUAAUGAGGAUCAACGACAAACGGGCCCUAGAUCCUCAGAACCAGAAUCUACGACGGAAGCUCGAACUUCCAGUUCCUUUUCCUCUAUGCCGCCCUUGACAGCUUCUCAGAUCGGGGGUGUUGAGAACUUCAACGUCAGAAUCGAUGUCAACUUCAUCGAUGUCAACUUCACGAUCAACAUCAACCCCACGAUCGAAAUCAUCGUUAAUAUUCAUGUCGACUCCAAGAUCACCAAUACCACGAUCAACGUCAAGAUCAACCUCAUCAAGAUCCGCGCUGUCCUUCCCUCCCUACUACCUCUCCCUCCCUCCCUCCUACUACAAAUCCCUCUCAGAUAUCCUCCUCGACCCACUCCCAACCCCACCGCAACCCAUCUACAUCCCUACGUCCACAUCCCCCUCUCCAUCCCCCCCCAAAAGAACCCCCCCAACCCCCAAAAUUCACAACCAUCCCCAUCCCCGUGCUCCGAGAAAUCCACCACCUGUCCAAAAACCUCGGCAUUGCGCGACUGA